AGAAGUUUUAUCUGAACGAAGGUAUGAUUGUAUUUGUUUUUAUUUUUGACGAAAAAUAAUGACAUUUUACUGCGAUAAUAACAACACAAUGCACAAUCUAAACAAAACAAGCGGAGAUAGAUUAAAUAUCUCAUAUUGGAGGUGAAUAAUCGAUAAAUACUCAGCUAAACGAUCAUCAAUCAAUUGAAACAGCCAAAGUGUCGACGACGAGAACGCUAGCUCGUGAUUGCGUUCUUAAAAUACGCAAAUCUCGGAAAAUUUCUUCUCGAAAUAUCUGUACAGCAGCUUGCCAAAAUGGGAGAACGUAAAGGACAAAAUUUGUAUUAUCCUCCGGAUUACGAUCCUAAAGCCGGUGGACUAAACAAAUGGCAAGGCACGCACGCAUUGCGGGAACGCGCCCGCAAAAUCCAUCUCGGUAUCUUGAUUAUCCGAUUCGAGAUGCCGUACAACAUUUGGUGCGAUGGAUGCAAGAACCACAUCGGCAUGGGCGUGCGAUAUAACGCUGAGAAGAAGAAGGUCGGCAUGUACUACUCCACGCCUGUGUACCAGUUCCGAAUGAAAUGCCACCUGUGUGACAAUCACUUCGAGAUCAAAACUGAUCCACAAAAUCUCGAUUACGAGAUUGUGUCCGGUGCGAGACGACAGGAAAAUCGGUGGGAUCCGACACAAAAUGAGCAGAUCGUACCGGAAACGAAGGAAGUUCAACGUAAGCUGUUCGAUGAUGCUAUGUACAAGUUGGAACAUGGAGCGAAAGACACGAAGGCGGCCGAAGAGGCCAAACCCGUUCUAGGACGACUGUUUCAACGUAACGAUUCCGUUUGGCGCGAUGAUUUCGAAGCAAACAGCCGUCUUAGAGCGCAAUUUAGGACACGGAAAAAGGAGCUGAAACUUCAAGAGGAAAAGGAUAACGCAUUGCUAGUACGAUCCAGUCUUGCCGUAGCAUUGCUUCCAGAAAGUGACAACGAUCGACGUAUGGCACAGCUAAUGCGAUUACACUCAUCAAAAACGGUACAUGAAAAGGACAAAGAACGGCGCAAUGCUAUCCUUAAUCGUCCCGUGCUACCUUCGACUUCGUCGAACAAAUCCGCAACGGUUACCAAGCUCACCGGUACUAAGCUGGAACCAAAGAGUUUGGGUAUCGUAAAACGGUCAGCUACAAGCACUGGAAAGGAAUUUACCGACCAUUCGACGGAAGAAAAACGGCCCAAGGUGACAACGACUGAAAUUCCGGAAAACAAUGGUGAAGAAACGAAACCAACUAAGACUGAGGACGAAACCCGUCCUCAGCUGCUGCUGUGCAAUUAUGGAUCCGGAUCUAGCGAUAGUGAUUAAGACAAAACUACAAAUAAAUAUAAGAAUGGGUCAGCUUUUUUAUACAUCAGUCAA